AUGGGUCCUAAAAAACGUCGACAACAAAAUAAUAAAGAAAAUAGAGAUGACAAUGUCAAAAAUGCAAAGCUUGAUCCAAUAUCAAUCCAAUCUAUAGUUGAUCAAAACCUUGAACAAUUCGAAGCUGAUUUUCAGCAACAAUAUAAACAAUGCGAAAAUAAAAUUCAAGAAAAACUAACUUUUGUUCAUAAAGAAUUCGAUAAAUAUAUGCAAACACAUGAAGCACAAGGAAAAUUAGCUCGAUUGCUUGAUCAACAGAUAACACGAAUUAAUCAACAUCAACAACAGCAAGCUGAUGGUUCUUUAGUUUCAUCUUGUCAAGAAUUACUUGAUAAAACAAACGACUUAAUGAAUGCUUCAUCGUCAGAUACGUCGCGAACGAAAACAUAUCUUAUUGGUGAAUUAAAAAUGUUACCACGCGGCCAUGUCUUUACUCUAUAUAGUAUCAUUUUUAGUUCUUUGACACAUUCAAGAAUACGUCAGAAUCCUGGUAUUACAUUACAUUACAGUUAUUACAAAAUAAAAUUUGAUUCAUCAUCAUCAUCAUCAAUAAUGAUACUACGUCUUCUCGUAGCAUAUUUAUUUUUAUUCUUUAUCAGUUUUCAGUAUUCAUACGAAAUGUCAACAUCAACAAAUGGUAUGAGUACUAAUAAAUAUAAUCAUGAUUUAUUUUUAUUGGUAAAAUCGUUACAUUUAAUUUCACGUUUAUGUCAAAAACAACGACAAUAUCCAUUGAAUAUAACAAAACUCUGUUUAAGAUGUUUUCCAUCAGAUAGUUUACAAAAACAAGAACAGCGAAGUAAACGUGUUGGAUGGACAAUCAGCGUUUGA